AGACAGGAGGCUGAAGACGGUGAGUGUGCGACUGUGUUCAGUUCUUUGACCUGUAGCUGAAACAGACCAGCUCACAUUUUGAUCACUGGAUAUAACCAGAGGAAGGAUUUGAUUUCACUAAACAAGAUUGUUGGCUCAUAGCCUCGAGUUCAGUCUGCUUCAGGAAAGUGCAGAACAAACCAUCGGCAUUAGGAAUUGCAUUGCUCUGCCUAACACUCCAAGAUAAGCAAUGUUGAAGCUCAUGAUACUGUCCGCCAUCACAGUGCUCCUCCUGCUGGCAGAAGGGGGAAUGUCGGCGAGGACUCAGUCCCGCACUAAGAGAGAACUGGCCAGCCCGCUGCACCUCAGAGGGAUCCGGGACCCCUUUGGCUCCUACUGUCAGAGGAGAGGAGGCUGCUGCCCCGGGCGAAAUGACCAGUGCACUGUGCCAUACCUGGACACCAUCUGUUACUGCGACCUGUUCUGCAACCGCACCGUGUCCGACUGUUGUCCUGACUUCUGGAGCCACUGCCUGGGAACAACUCCCCCAUACCCUCCCAGUUCUUGUGAAAGGAACGGCCACAGGUUUCACUCAGGAGCAACAUACAAAGAGAACUGUAAUUUAUGUACAUGUGGUCAAAAUGGACGCUGGGAAUGUGAGCAACAUGCCUGUCUGAUAGAGGAUGACAUGAUCCAGGAAAUCAACAGGAGAGGUUAUGGUUGGAGGGCCACAAACUACAGUCAGUUCUGGGGUAUGACUCUGGACGAGGGUCUGCAGUAUCGUCUGGGAACACAACGCCCCUCACGGACCAUUAUGAACAUGAAUGAGAUCCAGAUGAAUAUGAAUGGAAAUGAUCAUCUGCCAAGUUACUUUAACGCAGCAGACAAAUGGCCAAGGAAAAUCCAUGAGCCCUUGGACCAGGGGAACUGCAAUGCAUCCUGGGCUUUCUCAACUGCAGCUGUUGCAUCAGACCGGAUCUCUAUUCAGUCAAUGGGUCACAUGACCCCUCAGCUCUCACCUCAGAAUCUGAUUUCCUGUGACACACGUCAUCAGGGUGGCUGCUCCGGUGGGCGUAUCGAUGGGGCCUGGUGGUACCUAAGGAGAAGAGGAGUCGUGACAGAGGAGUGUUACCCUUUCUCUCUGCCCCAGCAAACUCCUGCUGAUGUGGCUCGCUGUAUGAUGCAAAGUCAAGCGGUGGGCCGGGGAAAGAGGCAGGCCACAGCACACUGUCCCAAUAGCUACAGCUACCACAAUGAUAUCUACCAGUCAACCCCACCAUACAGACUGUCCUCCAAUGAGAAUGAGAUUAUGAAAGAGAUUAUGGAUAAUGGCCCUGUGCAAGCCAUCAUGGAGGUCCAUGAGGAUUUCUUUGUGUACAAGAGUGGAAUUUACCGACAUACAGAUGUCAAUUACCACAAACCAUCAGAGUACCGCAAACAUGCAACGCACUCUGUUAGAAUAACAGGAUGGGGAGAGGAAAGAGACUACAACGGCAGAACACACAAAUACUGGAUUGCAGCCAACUCAUGGGGGAAGAACUGGGGCGAGGAUGGUUACUUCCGGAUUGCUCGUGGUGUAAAUGAGUGCGAGAUCGAGACGUUUGUGAUCGGUGUGUGGGGCAGAGUCACCAUGGAAGACAUGCACAACCAUCACGGACGCCGCAAGUAGAGAUCUGCAGUGUACGCCUCACUGUAUGAUUUAAACCGCAAUGUCAAUCAGGUCUUUUGCAGGUUUGUUAGAGUCUGAUUUCCACCAUACCGACCAAACCCCAGUGCCUUCUGAAUAUCUGUUCACACCGUAUGCAUAAAAAGAGGUGUCCACUGCCCCCCCUCUGUCCAAAUACACAUCUUCACUGGAGUUUUGGUUUGGAAGAUUUGGCCAAUAUUGUCUUAUUGGUGGAAACCAGCUCGUUACACUCCUUGAGUGGACCUCAAAUAACAGCCACAGGACUCAGAUGCACUCAGGACUCAGUAUUCUAAAGACACACUUCACAGGCACACAUGCACUCAGCAUCACAAUGUAGCUGUCUCAAAUGUCUAAUAUAGUGAAAUAUCAGGAUGUGUCUUUUGUUUUUUCCCUACAUUUGGGAAUCAUUACACACCAAGUCAGACAGCACUCCAUACAUUCUGCUAAAAGGAUAGAGGAACACCAGGAUUGGGGGAAGAAGAAGGUUUUAGGACCAAUAAUUAAUUCCAAAAAUAACCUAGAAUAGAUUUGUGACAGUUCUCUGCAUUCCGUUGAGAUUAAGGUUGUUUAAAAUUGCUUUAAAGCAUUUUAAUCCACUCCAGUCUUUGUUUCAAAGUCUGAUUCUGUUAGGUUGGCUGUUAAAUAAAGUUUAAGAGAGAUUGUACAGAUACAGGCCACUUUCUUCACAAUUGAAAACAACUGCUAUUUGCUCUCAUUUUAGAAUAACAGGAAGCAAACCAAAAUAAAUGGUUUUUCAUGCUAUGAGACCAAAAAUGGACAUCAGUAGGGGUGCUACCGAUCACUAUCGGCCGAUAAUAACGUUGGGAUGUUUGAUCGGCG